CUGUUGGCUGGCUUCAAGUUGAGCAGUUGAGAGUCCCGCAGCCGAACCAUUGGUGCGUAAUGGUGCACGACUGGACGGCAGAUGUUUCACCACCGGGACACUCUGUCUCUGCACACUUUAUCUGAACUCUUCCGACUUUUUUUUUUUUUUUUCUCAGCGUAGGCGUGCGUUAACUUGCUCUCCUGCCUUUUAAAAAAAAGAAAAAGUUAUCUGAGGAAGGAAAGGACGAAGGAGAAGAAGAAGAGGGAGAAGGAGAAGAAGGCUACCUCUUUGGGCUACCGGGGAGUUGUCGUCAUCAGCACCCCAGAUAUCCCCCCCUUUAGCUCCCUAAAUGGAUGGGCCAGUCUUGGUGUAUGCAGUUCAGCACAGGCCAAAAGAUUGGAAACAACUUGUGAAUAUCCGUCAGUUUGGCGUCUCAGAAAUGCCCGGCUGCUUCGCUGCAGCUCAACUCUGAGGACUUUUCUCCUGCAUUUCUGCUUCUUUUUCAGGAGGAAGGACUCUUGUUCAAAGUUUACAACAGAAAGGAAAACUCAGCGCUGAAGUGGCAGCUCUUACACACUAUAGCCCUCGCUAUGGAUUGUAUGUGUUUAUUGAUGUGCUUUUCACUCAGUCAAGUAUUUUUGGAUCAUAUUUUCGCUGCAGAAACACAUGAAAAACUCUCUGGAAAGUUAAGUGAAUAUGGUCUUAUCGUGCCAUUCAGCACAGACUCCCAUGGCCGGUACAUUUCUCACGUGGUCUCUGUUGGAAGUGGAAGUGGUGCUGCUGCUGCUCCUGCCGGUGCUGCUGCUGCUGCUGAUACCUCCUCAACCUUUGGCAGCAGAAGAAGGGUGGCCCGCGGUGCCCCCGAGAUGCCCUCGGUCACCUCUGCCUCGGCUCAGCACUUGUUUUUUAAUGUCACUGUUUUUGGGAAAGAACUGCACCUUCGCCUGAGGGCCAACCGGAGGCUGGUGGCCCCGGGGGCUUUUGUGGAAUGGCAAGAGGACUUUGUGGAAAAGGCGAAGGAACAUAUCCACAGGGACUGUGUUUUCACUGGAGAUGUGAGUGACAUGCCAGAGGCUUCUGUGGCAAUCAGCAAUUGUGAUGGACUGGCAGGUCUGAUCCGGACUGAUAAUGGGGAGUUUUUCAUCGAGCCCCUCGAGAAGGGCCAACAGGACGUGGAAGUGAAGGGGCGUGUCCACGUGGUCUACCGCAGGUCAGCCAUCAAACGGGAGACGGGCCAGCGGAGGGAGGACCUCCACAAUGAAGUGUCAGACUUUGGGAUCGCAAACCUCCCUGAGGCUCUAGAUGUCGUCGAACAUAAACUAUCGGAGUCGGAGCGGAAGAGAAGGCACGCGAAGAAAGACGACUACAACAUCGAGGUGCUGCUGGCUGUGGAUGACUCGGUGGUACGCUUCCACGGCAAGGAGCAUGUGCAGAAUUAUGUUCUCACGCUCAUGAAUAUAGUUGAUGAAAUCUACCAUGAUGAAUCUUUGGGAACCAACAUCAACAUUGUCCUUGUCCGCAUGAUAAUGGUCGGGUACCGACAGUCUAUUUGCCUGAUCGAGCGUGGCAACCCAUCCCGCAGCCUGGAGCAGGUGUGUCGAUGGGCCAACACGCAGCAGCGCCGCGACCCCGACCACGCCGAAUACCACGACCACGCCAUCUUCCUCACAAGGCAAGAUUUUGGUCCCGCAGGUAUGCAAGGUUACGCUCCAGUGACAGGGAUGUGCCACCCACUGAGGAGCUGCACUCUGAACCAUGAGGACGGCUUCUCCUCAGCUUUUGUGGUUGCUCAUGAAACUGGCCAUGUGCUAGGCAUGGAGCAUGAUGGCCAGGGGAAUCGAUGCGCUGAUGAGACGAGUAUGGGCAGCAUCAUGGCACCACUUGUCCAAGCAGCUUUCCAUCGCUAUCACUGGUCACGUUGCAGCAAGCAGGAGCUCAAUCGAUACAUUCACUCCUAUGACUGCCUGCUCGAUGAUCCUUUCGAACACAAGUGGCCCAAGCUUCCUGAGCUCCCUGGAAUAAACUAUUCAAUGGAUGAGCAGUGCCGCUUUGAUUUUGGUGUUGGCUAUAAAAUGUGCACCGCUUUUCGAACAUAUGACCCUUGCAAGCAACUGUGGUGCAGCCACCCUGAAAACCAGUAUUUUUGUAAAACCAAAAAAGGUCCUCCGGUGGAUGGAACAGAGUGUGCACCAGGAAAGUGGUGCUUCAAGGGCCAUUGCAUCUGGAGAUCCAGCCAGCAGCCACAGGGCCACGAUGGGAGUUGGGGCUCCUGGUCAAAGUUCAGUUCUUGCUCCAGAACGUGCGGAGGCGGAGUUCGCUCCCGUACGAGACAGUGCAACAACCCUCCGCCUGCCUACGGUGGUCGAGAUUGCCCUGGCUCUGCUUUUGACUACCAGAUGUGCAACACAGAGGAGUGCGCUGGCCCCUACGAGGACUUCCGUGCUCAGCAGUGCGUCCAGAGGAGCAACAAAUACCACAAUAACAUCAAACACACCUGGCUACCAUACGAGCACCCAGAUGAGGCCCGUAAGUGUGAGCUGAGCUGUAAGUCAAAGGAAACAGGAGAGGUGGUGUUUAUGAACCAGGUGAUGCAUGACGGGACGCGGUGCAGCUACUCAGACCCCUUCAGCGUGUGCGCUCGAGGAGAGUGUCUGCAUGUAGGCUGCGACAAGGAGGUCGGCUCUUACAAACAGGAUGACAAAUGCGGAGUGUGUGAGGGGGAUAACUCUCACUGUCGCACCGUGAAACUGACGCUCACCAAAACGCCCAAAAAGAACGGAAUGCUAAAAAUGUUCGACAUCCCAAUAGGAGCCCGCCACAUUGUUAUCGAGGAGAACGAGACCUCCCCUCAUAUAAUUGCUGUGAAGAAUCAAGUUACUGGAAACUUCAUCCUGAAUGCGAAAAGCGAAGACGCUGAAUCAAAGACCUUCAUCGAAAAUGGUUUGCAGUGGGACUAUACGAUGGAGGGUCAGAAGGAGACCCUGAAAACAAGCGGUCCUCUGCAUGAAGGCAUUGUCGUGCUGGUCAUUCCCCAGGAAGAAGAUGCAAAGAUCAGCCUGACAUAUAAGUAUAUUAUACACGAGGACCUGUUACCGCUUAUUACCAACAACAAUGUUCUUCUGGCUGAACUUGACACCUAUGAGUGGGCACUGAAGAGUUGGUCUCAGUGCUCCAAACCUUGUGGGGGAGGAAUACAGUACACAAAAUAUGGAUGCAGGAGGAAGAGUGACAGCCGUUUGGUACAUCGUAACUUUUGUGAAACCAGCAAAAAGCCAAAACCAAUUCGCAAACGCUGCAACAUCCAGGAGUGCAGUCAACCCACGUGGGUGGUGGAGGAGUGGAGUCCCUGCAGUAAGACCUGCGGGAAGCUCGGCUACCAGACCAGGGUGGUGCAGUGUAUGCAGGCGCUCCACAACGGUACCAGCAGGCCCGUCCACAGCAAACACUGCACCGAAGAACGUCCGGAGACCAGGAGAGCCUGUAACCACACCGUAUGCCCCGCCCAGUGGAGGACAGGGGCGUGGUCUCAGUGCUCGGUGACCUGUGACGAAGGGAUUCAGCAACGGCAGGUGGUUUGCAAAGCAAGCGACAACACCAUCGGAGAAUGUGAAGGCGAGAAACCAGAAACAGUCCUCAUUUGCAAACUAAGUCCGUGUCCAGGACAGCCAGUGUCUUCUCUCACCGUUGAAACGAUGGAAAACGCCACGAUAAAAGAUGAAGCUGUACACCAAAGAGCUUCAGAAAACCCUGUCCACAAAAUCUCUUCAAAUGAGCCAUGUCUUGGGGACAAGUCAAUUUUCUGUCAGAUGGAGGUUCUUGCCCGUUAUUGUUCCAUCCCUGGAUAUAAUAAGCUUUGUUGUGAAUCUUGCAACAAGAAAGAAAGCUUCACUACAUAUGAUCCUGACUUCCAAAACACCCCAGUGGCCUCGGUUGCGCCUGAGACCUCCGCUCCUACUCACCAUGCAUCACCCAAGGCUCCUCUACCCGCUACGACCCAGAGCCCGCCGCAAACCACUAAAGCCAUCGGCAGACGGUUUCGCUCCACUGCCCCGGUACCAACCACCGCUGCCACUGCUGAAGCCUCGCCAUCCAUAGGUGCUGCUCCGCCCCAGGGUCCCACCAGCGACUCCUUCCUCACAGCUGGGAAGGGAGACUCAGACCCCGGGCCAAUUCUACCUCCAGGGCCGCCACGGCCCACUGCAGACUCCAGUGGUGCCUCUAAAGAGCACAGUCCAAACAGCACUUUAGGCCCAGUCGCUGCCAGGUCAAGAAGGGACGAUUUAGGAUCCGAGAGGGACUCGAGUCACAGAACCCUGUCAGCUCAGAAAUGAACAGUGAGCGAUGUUGUGAACGUGCUGCUCAGUGAGACGGUCUCAUACAUCAACUGAUAGACUCACAGUCUUGCUGCAGAUGUUUUCUUUCUUUUUUUUUUUUUUUACAAAUAUUCUUUUUUUUUUUUCCAUGCCAGUGAACUUAGACCAGACCAGAGAUGGUUACCUCAUCAAAACUCCAGAGUGAUCUGCGUGCAGCGUCGCUCUGCCCUCUGUGCUUCAAAUAUGAAACGGAAGACAAAAAAAAAAAAAAAA